AAUUCAUCUCUGCAUACGGUAAAAUAAAUAAUUUGUAAUUAAAAGGGUAUUUGUAAGGGUUAAAAUAAUUUGAAAACUAUUUAAAAAUAUUAUUACAUACAUUUUUCCGUUACUUGAAUUUAAUUCAUCGUAGGCAGCAAGAAAUUAAAAAUUCACCGUUGUGGUACACAUCCACGUCGAUACAUGUAAAUUGUAAGUAAUAGUAAUGCAACCAUCUAAAAAUACAUCUUUCAAAGCUUGACUGAGCAUUCAAAAAUAUUUCGCAUCUUCCCUUUUGACAUAUUUUUAAUUAAAAUCAGUUGACUAUUAACAUUUAAAACAGUAUGAAAGCAGUGCAUUGGUGUCCAGUCAAGUAAAGCUAACUCUACCUUAAACAAAGAUUUGUUCGUAUUAUCAAUUAUAAAUCAAAUUCAGUUUGUACAUCAACAAUUGAACGGCGCUUUUUAGAUUGCAGUAAAUAAAAUACAAUUAAAAUGGCGACAAGAAUUGUACGAUCGAUCAACUUGGCAAGUAAUUUAUCGAGAAGUUUCAAGCUGAACAGACCAGCAUUGUCAGCAGUGAUCAACAACAUCCAGUGGUCCGGGGAACCAAACAUUCUUCAGACUAGGUCUUCUAUUGUGACUUCCGCUUCGACCAAAAUGGACGAAGACAAAAUGUUCUGCUUCCAAUGUGAACAAACCAAACUUCGCAAGGGCUGCACCACUGUUGGCGUGUGUGGAAAAACUGCGGAGGUGGCCGAAAUGCAGGACUUGCUGUGCAACUUGGUGAAAGCUGUUGGACUUUAUGGACAUAAUUUAAAAUUAGCCGGUGGAAAAGUUCCUUUUGAAAUAUUUGACUUCACCUUCAGUUCUCUUUUUAGGUGGUCAAACACGAUUUUUGUUUUCGUGAAAAACACUCUGACCAAUGUCAACUUCGAUCCUAAGAGAUUUGUUGAAUACAUCAAAAAAGCGUGCAAAUAUCGCAACCAGCUGCAGUUGGCGUACGAGGCAAAAUGCAAAGAACAAAACAUUCCUGUGAAAAACUUUAAGCAUAUUUCAGAAGUUUCUUGGUCGCCUAACAGAAACGGGGAAGAACAAUGGACUAUCGAAUUCUUAACUGAAGAAGGAAAAAAAUUUGGUGUACUUAGAGAAAUGAGCGAUUAUGGCCGUGAUGUGCAUGGCGUUCGUGAAAUGAUUGUUUAUGGCUUGAAAGGAAUGUCAACUUACGCCAGGCACGCUAGACUUCUAGGAGAAUGGGAUGAUUCGAUCGGAGAAGACGUCUUUGAAAUACUUUCUUUUUUGAUUGAUGGUAACAAAGAUCAGCGUCAUGAUUUGUCAACUAAUUUAUCAUGGGCCUUGAAGGUUGGUGAAAUCAACAUGAGAGGCAUGGCAUUACUAGACAAAGGUCACAGGAAACGUUUUGGCGUCCCAAGCCCAGCUCAAGUUACUACUUCACCAAAACCUGGAAAAUGCAUAUUGGUGACUGGCCACGAUAUGAACGACAUGGAGAUAAUCUUGAAGGAAGCCGAGAAACGAAAUGUUAACGUGUUCACUCACGGGGAAAUGUUGCCGGCACAUGGAUAUCCAAACUUGCGAAAAUAUAAAAGCCUAGCAGGGCAUUAUGGAGGAGCCUGGCAAAAUCAAAAGUAUGAAUUCCCUGGUUUUCCAGGUCCUAUAGUGGUAACCACAAAUUGCAUAGUAGAACCUAUGAAAUCUUACAAGGACAGAUUGUUUACUUUGAAUGAGACAGGCUGGCCUGGCUGCAAACACAUAGAUCUAGAAAAAGAUUUAAGGAAAUUGAUGGAGGCUGCAAAUAACAGCGCCGGAUUUACAGAAAAAGAUGUGGUGUCAAACGCGAGAACACUCAAGGUUGGAUUUGGACAUGAGGCUAUUCUCGCAAAUGCUGGAAAGAUAUUGGAAUCUGUUGAAAAUGGAAAUCUGAAACGCGUUUUCGUAAUAGGUGGAUGCGAUGGCUCUGAAAACAAGCGGAGUUAUUUUUCAACAUUGGCAAAGUGUACUCCAGGUGAUUCUAUUAUUUUGACAAUGGGAUGCGCAAAAUACAGAUUUAAUCACAUGGAUCUUGGCGAAUUGGGAGACACAGGGAUACCACGUCUCUUAGAUUUAGGCCAAUGCAACGAUUCUUACGGAGCGGUUGUCGUAGCCCAAGCGUUGGCAUCAGCAUUGAAAACAGAUGUCAAUUCACUUCCGCUAUCAUUAGCGGUUUCAUGGUUCGAACAAAAAGCUGUAGCCGUAUUUUUGACGCUACUACAUCUCGGAAUUCAGAAUAUCAGACUUGGACCGGUGUUGCCAGCUUUUGUAACACCAACUAUCCAGAAAAUUUUGGAAGAUAAAUUCAAACUAAUGUCAGUUGAUGUCAAACAUCCAAUUGAUGAUUUGAAAGAGAUGAUGAGUGGAUAAAUACGAUCAAAAUGCCAAAACAAUCGAAACGCCACGACAAAGCAAAAUUGCCUUGAUUUUUAUGCCAGUUAUUUUUUCAGAUUAAAACUAUGUUAACAAUCUUGUAAACUAGAACUCGUAAAAACUAAAUUUAGUAGUUGUUUUGUGUAGAUUUUGUAUAAAACUGAAUGUAUAGCUGUCGAGAACAAACUACAUUUUUAUAAGCAUCAUAAAAUAUAUAAUUUAAUCACUCUC